GGCGGGCAGGGCGCGAGCGAGCCGGCGAGAGAGCGAGCGACGCCCCGCGCCCUCUCCCACCGCCCCCGAGGCCCGGGGUGACGCCGGGGGCCCCACAAACUUCCCCAGGAUGAAUUAAGGGACGAAUAUAGUGGCUUCUCAGACAUGGAGAGCAGUCGGUCUGUUCCCAGCAUGCAAGAUUCUUCAUCUUUGGAAAAGCAUAUCAGCUCAGCCAAUGGAAAUGGAGAUCUUGAUUCAGGUGGAAAUUAGCAUUCAGAGCAACUUCCAGCCUGGCAUGAAGUUGGAGGUGGCCAACAAGAACAACCCGGACACCUACUGGGUGGCCACGAUCAUCACCACGUGCGGACAGCUGCUGCUUCUGCGCUACUGUGGUUAUGGGGAAGACCGCAGGGCUGACUUCUGGUGUGAUAUGGUCAUAGCAGACCUCCACCCCGUGGGGUGGUGCACACAGAACAACAAGAUCUUGAUGCCCCCUGACGCUGCUCCUCACGAGCGUCUCUCUCCACCUUCAACGUGGCCACCUGCUCUUCCAGGCCCUUCAGCUGUCUUCCACACUGGGCCCGCUCCUCCAGCGCCUGCUGGCACGUGUGGACUUGGGUCUGCAAGUCGGCCUUCUGGGUGAGCAGCACCUCCAGCCUCUCCUGCAGCUCGCUGUUCUCGUCUUCCAGGUCUUCGUUCAUUGUGGUUUUCUUCGUACAUCCAGCUGCAUCUUCACGUGAUUCAGGUCUUUCAUGAGCUCCACGUUGCUUCUCGCGGUCUCAUUCUGCGUGGUGGAAGCAGACAAGGCGAACUCGAACUCGAGCUCGGUCACGCGCUGCUGGACGGCCUGCAGGCAGCCGGCCAGGCCCUCCUGCUCCCGGGUUUUGUCCAGGGCCACCUGCUGCAUGUGGGCCAGGGCGGAUUGCAAGUCGCCUUCUGUGCAUCUGUGCAUCUGUAUGGCUAGCUUCUGCUCCUGCAGCUCGGCUCUCAGUGCCUCGUGCACGCGGGCUGUCUCCGCCAUCUCUUUCCCUUGCUGGUCUUGCGCAUCUGUCUUCUCCUGCUUCAGCUGCUGGAUCUCACUGCACAGCUGCUGGUUCUGUAUUUUGGUGGUGUUCAGGACCUGCACCAGGAGUUGGUACUGCUUUUCAAGGUCCUUGAUGUUAUGGGGCCUGCAGUACCCUCAACCCUGACAGCCCUGAUGGCUGGGGAGGCUGAGGGUCAGCGUGAUCAUUGGCUGCACCCUUGGUGGAAUGAUGUUCCCCAGUGAUGUUGGUCUUGGGGUUACUUACCUUUGUAGUCUUCUUCUUUUUCUUGGAUUCUGCAGGUCUUCCGGGACAAUUCUUCUGCUGGUAUUCUUGGAGAAGUUUCUUCCCUGCAGUUACCUUUUCUUGUCAUGUUUGUUCAGACAUUCUAGCUCUGGGACGGCGAAGAUGUGUGGGCCACGUUCCCAGGCCUUUAAAAUCUACUCUGUUCUUACAAUCACCAAUAACUCCAACUACCUCCAACUCCACUCUACUUCCAAGUCUAUGUCCAAAGUCACCUCAAAUCCCUUGCUCAACACUCCGCACCUCCGCCUCCCUCAACUGCUUGUAGUGGUGUGAGCCCACAGAGGGAAUUCCAGGGCUAUUAGGCCGAAUGAAAUGUGGGUGUGGCCUCAAUUCUUGCCUCUCAUUGGUCAGAGAGAAACCUUGAAAAUAAAGUUUGUGGCCAGAAUAUUGUGAUCUGGGCAGAGCUGGUGGGGCCAUCAUGAGAGCUGUUCUUGCAGCCCCUCCUGUAGGGAAUGGCUACGCCUUUAAGACCUGGGGCGGCUGGCUGCUGGCCAGUCCCACUUCCUUCGGGGUUCUGCUGGAAGAGAUAGCAAACCAGCCCCCACCGCUCGGCGUCGAGCACAUGUGUUGUAAUGGCCCUGGCUGAUGAAAGAGGAGGAACCAACAGGUCCCCGCCCAUAGAGGAAGUGCUGAGGCUUCACCGUGAUUCACAUGCUCAUUAGCCUAUUGUUUACACCUGUCCGUCCCUCCCCUUCACGCUUCACUACUUCUAUAAGUCUGUUGGCCCCUCCCUUGAAUGAACAGAGCACUCUUUGAAGCUUCUGGAUAUGUUUGUGCUAACCCUGUCUUCCUUGGCAAGUAUAGGAAGGGGGUAGGGCAUUCUCACAACCACACGCUGACUGAGGCUGCACAUGGACCUCAAGUCCACAGUUAAUUCCUACUGGCCAGAGGAUAUGCGUUGAGGGCGAUAGGGGACCAUGCGGAGGAGCAAAUAGGCCCAGGAUCUCUACACGGACGGAGGUAGAGCUUAGCCUGGCAAAUGGCGCCCCAAACAUGGGGCGGGGCAGGAAGCCCACAGGACGCAAAGUGCGGAGCUAUCGGUAGCCCUCGGGAAAUUGGAGUGGGUUCUCCGGGGUGUGUUGGUUCCCCCUUCUGGCAGCUAUGACAGAGGGGCAGAAUUGAUUCGUGUUCCAAGAGACUGGAUUCGACUUUUGAGAUAUUGAGGCCAAGGGCCAAGGUGUUUCUGCUGCCCAGGGUGAUGGGCGAGCGUGGGAGCCCCGGGGGUGUGGCCUUGUGGGUCUCCUGGCUCCGGGCGGGGCGGUAUGGCAUGGCUUUGUGCUUCCCGUGGGAAACCCGCCGUGGCGGCUGCACAGUAGAGAAGCGCAAAAGGCGGUGGCAGCAACACCAUGUGGAACAGUUGCUGCCGCCCGGGCUGGGACUCCCCACCCGGGAUUUCUGGGUCCCGAUUUGCGGGAAGCCUGGGAAAUGGCAGGCAUGGAGGCGCCGAGGCACGUGUAGAGCCUGGAGCGGAUUGCCCUCGCACCAGCCCCCACCCCGUCUCUUUCGGCGUCUGGAGCCGCCGGAGUGCAGAGCAGCGGCUCCGCGCGCUGGGCUCUGAGGACGCGGGGCCCAAGGCAGGCGGCGCGAAUUCUCCUGCAGGUGCUGCAGCGGGGCACAUCCCGGGCAAUGCCUGGGGCUGGCGCGAUACACAGGGCCCGGUGUCUGCGGGUGGCGUGGAGCUUCGUGUGCACGGUGUUAGGGCUGGCCCGCGCCCUCUCUACCUCUAAAGCCGGCCCCAAAUCUACUGGAUUGGACUACAUAGCUGUUGGAGAAAGGGACAGAGUCUUAGAAUUUGUUAUCAAUGCUUGAUAAGUCGGGAUGGCCUCCCCCCCCCCCCGCCCCCACACUUGCUGGUGGCGUGCUGGAUUCCUGGAGGCUGGGCGGGGCUAGCAGCCUGUCUGCAGCCCUGCGGAUGGUCUGUGAGGCUGGAUCUGUGAAAGUUUUGCUUCCUUGGAAAGGUUUUUUGCUCUUUACGGAUCACGUGGUUCUAAUAUGUGAGCAAAAUAAUAUCCUUUUGCCACUGGAAUUCCAGAAAACUUACAUGGCCAGUUCAGAGAUUUUUCCUAAGAGCUGCUUCGGCCGCGGUCCUGGGGGCUGGAGGGCAGGCAGUGUUGGCUUCACUGUGGCUGGCAGACUCCUGGCAGCUUCACAACACAGGCGUCCUGCUGUGAGCCUGCGUCUGUGUCCUGUUAGCUCUGUGUUAAGCUUUCCCGCCCCACAGCUUGGGCGGAGUUAUAACAAGAGAAAGCCCCAGGUCUCCAACUCAAACAGGGUAUUUGGGGGGCAAACAAAGGGUUCUGAUACAGCAAUAAUUUGAUUGCAUUUUCUAAGACUACCACCUCAGAGAUACUAGAAAUUGGAGGAGUUUUUCUUGAUGGUUGGAAAGUUUGUUUGUCUGAUGUGAUUUGAUUCCUGUGCUAUCCUUGCAAUUUGGAGAUAUUGAAAAGGCAAGGUGCUGGGACCAAAUCUCUUGUGUUUUUAAAUUCUGGUAAACAUGGUUAAAAGUACUUUUGUCACAAUUGUCUUGGGUAUCAGUCUAAUGAUUCGGGUACUAAAUUCUGUGUGAAUACUGUGAUGUGAUAAGUAAGACUCCUACCUAUCUAAAGUUACAUAUAAUCAGGGAAGUGUUUUAAAGUAUGUAUAACUAACUA